CGCGGUACAUGGUCGAAUUCUUUCGAUUUUUCGUUUCUUUUUGCUUAUUCCUAAAUAAUUCACAGGUUUAUUUUGUGAUAUAAUAGAGGAUUAUUCGUAUUUUUGCUAAAUUCAGUGAAAUGUGAACUGGAAGGGCUUACAUUUUAAAGUUGAUGCACGUUCACAAAGUCAUUGAAAGCCAAAAAAAACUUCACAGUGUUCUACACUGUGAAGUGAUAUUUAGUUAAAACUUAUAGUACCUACAUGAAAUUAUCAGUAAUAGUUUAUUUAACAAGUUGAGGUAGUGCUCCAAUUUUCAUAAAACACUUUAACAAGGAACUCUUACUGUAGCAGGAGAACCACAGACAGCAAAAUGUUACAUGCUGAUGACUUUAACUUGGCAGAGGUUGGAGCACUGACGGGCGAUUUUGAUGAAUAUUUCAUAAAUGGAGUGCCAAGAGUUUCAAUAUCCGACAUAGAAAUUGAUAAUUUUAGUGAGCCCAAGACUGAGCCUUACAGUUUUAUAAAUCCUGUUUCACCAACUGGUCCGCCUCACAGAGUUAAUUUUUCUGGAGAAUAUAAUUUCAAUUUAGAAAUAAAUGCAGUCCAUACACAAAAGAACAAAUAUCUGUACUCACACAAACUCCAUAGGAUCUAUGUAGUCAUGAAGGAGAAUUUCUCAGUAAAUUUCAACUGGAACACAACAAACAUACAACAACCAUUGUAUGUGCGGGCGACUGUUGUGUUCUCUGAUGCUGCUCAGGCCGAGAAACGAGUUGAGAGAUGCAGCCAACACUUCUAUGAACAAUCUAACUUGCAAGAAGCUCAAAUCACUUCAGAAGCGGAACGAAGGAAUGUUCUCCGAUCAGCUCGGGCUCCGGGCUCCCCGGGUGUUUUCUACUGUGGCAGUCCGCAGACGGUAGACUCGUGGUACUCAGUGCUUGUGGAGUUCCCAGCACCUUCCAGCCAUGCCUACACGUUUGUGUGCAAGAGCAGCUGCACUUCUGGCAUCAAUAGACGAGCCAUCAGCAUCAUAUUCACCUUGGAGGAUAUGGCCGGCAACGUGUUCGGUCGCGACAGCGUCGGCGUCCGCGUGUGCUCGUGCCCGCGGCGCGACAUGCGACGCGACGAGAAGGCCGAACCGACGGCGGGCAAGCGCCGGCUGACUCGCCCCCCGCGCCCGCCCUCGCCCGACACCCCGCCCGCUAAAGUCAUCAAGGUGGAGAAGAACCAUGAACAAAACAUCAAUUUGCAGGUUAGUCUCGUCGGGAAGAAAAUUGCAAUCUCAGGACUGAACGUCAUGUACGACAUGACAAAGCUGUUGAGAGACCAGAAACACGCGACUCAACAGCCCGUGGAAGAUUUGGAUAGAGCCCUAAGUGAUAUUCAACGAGAAAUUGACAGGUUGAAAAAUACUGCAUAGCACCACUCGCUCAAGUUAAACUUAAGAUUCUGCUAUUGAGAUUAUGUUGUUAUAAUAUUUUCUUUUGUUUUUAAGAUAUUGUGAUAAAUUCAAUGCAUAGAAUUUAGCCGCAUCGCGUCGUGCCUAUGCAAGAAGUUUACGACGAAAAAAACUGCUAUGAAAGUAA